UAAAAACCAAUUCAUUGAGCAUCGCGUGAUUAUAAAGUGCCGCGUGCCAAAUAGAGAGUAUUCGUAUUUAUCGCAACUUGAGGCUACAAAUUCAAUUCGAAAGAAGGAAAAACUAUUUCUUAAGCUCAGCUUUAACAGCCGCUGAGGCAACAUUUGGUUGGAGCUGUGAAAAUGACGGCAAAUAUGGCAGUGAUCUGCAGCUUUUUGGCUGUGCUUGUACUACUACCCGGCCUCCCAGCCUUUCGUGUGCAAUCGCCCCAAAUACAACCCCAACCCCAAAGUGGCGGCAAAUUGAAUACACCAAACCGCGUCAUGCAUCCCGCAUUCGCCAAUGCAGGUCGGGCGGCUGGUUUGGAAAUUUGGAGAAUCGAAAACUUCGAGCCUGUUGUCUACCCAAAAGCUAACUAUGGAAAGUUCUAUACCGGAGAUUCGUUUAUUGUUUUAAAUACAAUCGAACGCAAAGAUAAGAAACUCUCCUGGGAUAUUCACUUUUGGCUUGGUUCGGAUACGUCGACCGACGAGGCUGGCGCUGCUGCCAUCUAUGCUGUGCAGCUGGAUGACCUGCUUAAUGGUGCACCGGUGCAACACCGUGAAGUUCAGGAUCACGAAUCACAGCUAUUUCUCAGUUACUUUAGAAAUGGUGUUCGCUACGAGCAAGGCGGUGUGGGUAGCGGUUUCAAGCACGUUCAAACAAAUGCAGCUGGCGAGAAGCGUCUCUUUCAGGUGAAGGGCAAGCGUAACGUGCGUGUCCGUCAGGUGAAUCUAUCCGUUUCGUCGAUGAACAAAGGCGAUUGCUUCAUUUUAGAUGCUGGCAAUGAGAUACUCUUAUAUGUGGGACCGCAAGCAAAACGAGUGGAGAAGCUGAAAGCGAUCAGCGCUGCUAAUCAAAUUCGCGAUCAAGAUCACAACGGACGUGCCAGGGUUGAUAUAAUUGAUGAGUUCAGUUCGGAUGUGGAUAAACAGCACUUUUUUGGUGUUUUGGGCUCUGGCUCACCCGGCCAAGUACCGGAUGAGUCCUCUGAGCAAGAGGAUGGCGCAUUUGAGACUGCUGAUGCCAAUUCAGUCUCACUAUACAAGGUCUCAGAUGCCAAAGGUGGCCUGAAAAUCGACACCAUCUCCACGAAGCCAUUGCGUCAAGAAAUGUUAGAUACAAAUGAUUGCUUUAUUCUGGACACCGGCUCCGGCAUCUAUGUUUGGGUGGGUCGCCGUGCAACACAACGAGAGAAAACGGAUGCCAUGAAUAAGGCACAAGAGUUUUUACGUACCAAAAAAUACCCAGCUUGGACGCAGGUACAUCGUGUGGUCGAGGGCGCUGAAUCGGCGCCGUUCAAGCAAUAUUUCGCAACUUGGCGUGAUGCAGGAAUGUCACACACCCGUUUAGUACGCUCAGCAAUGGGUUAUGACUCCGACGACUCGGAUGUAUCAGAUCUCAUCGAUGUGGAGGACUUGAAAAAGAGCGGCGGUCAUGCCUUUGGCUUUAUGCCAGACAAUGGAGAGAAUAAUAUCGAGGAUGUGGUGCAAUAUGUAAAUAGACAUGGCCGUGCGGAUACAUUGCGUAACGUAGUGCAAUUGGAGCCCAAUAUGCCUCUGGGAUUUGCAAGUUAUGUAAUCACCUACAACUACAACAACAAGAACGGUGAGUCCGGAGUUAUUGUCUAUGUGUGGGAGGGCACGAAAGCUAACAAUGCAGCAAAGGAGCGAGCAUUCGAAGACGCUAUGGCAUUGGCUGUGGAACGCGAUGCAAUUUUAGUGCGCACAACACAAAAUCAUGAGCCACGUCACUUCCUGAAGAUGUUCAAAGGGAGACUGCUUACAUCUUACACCGCUAUACAUCAUUCUCAGCUAUAUCGCAUUCGUGGCACAGAUGCCAGUGAUGUGCAUGCCAGCGAGGUGCCAGCGGAUUCAUCGUCAUUGGCGUCAAAAGAUGUUUUCGCCUUAGUCACUGCCGAAGAGCAUAAGGUCUACUAUAUGGGUUGGUUUGGUAAGGCGCCAGUCAAAUUCGAGAAGGAUAUGGCAACGGAGAGAUUUGCGCACUACUGGUCCGAUGCCGCAGUCGAAGUGGUUGAGGAAGGCGCUGAGUCGGAUGACUUCUGGGAGUUUUUGCAUGGCGAGGGCAUUUACGAUCGUAGCAUGGGUGAUGUCACUAAACCGCUAUUGGAGCCAAGACUAUUCCACUGCCAUUUGGACGGCAAGCGCUUACAGGUCGAGGAAGUUGCGCACUUCGAACAAGCUGAUCUCGACUCGAAUGAUAUAAUGCUAUUGGAUGCUGGCGAUGAGAUCUAUAUGUGGGUGGGAGCAGCUGCUUCGGCAGAAGAGAAUGGCAGGCUGCUUGAAUUGGUUGAGAAAUAUAUCAAAGAUGAGCCCACUGAGCGCACAAUUGACACAAUCACGGUGGUGCGCAUUGUACAGGGCAAUGAACCACGCGUAUUUACACGAAUGUUUCCCACAUGGGAAAAUGACUACUGGCAGGCGACCCCCUCGUACGAAGAGGUAAAGAAGCGAGUUGAGGAAAGCAACGAAAUCUUCGAUGUAAAUGAGGUUUAAAAGCGCUUCAACCAAAAAUCAUUCCUAAUAAUCGAACAAAUGGCAAAUACUCAAAUUUUUUUGUAAUAAAUGUAUUUAAUUUAUAUUUUAGUU